AUGGGUAGAACAGCAAGAAAGCGAGGCAACUCUAGCACAUGGCCAGAAGAAAACGUGCAGCUGACGGAAGGCAAGAUCCUUUCGUUCUUUGUGGGGGCCGGCCUGAGGAAACUUGCCUUGGAAGGAGAGCCGCCGUUGCUUGUCUUGCAGAAUGCGCACAGGUUGUUCCCCAGAUGCUGUGCAGUGGCGGGCAUAAAGCCUAGACCGUUUGAGAGCUUCGGUCAUGGGGAGCUGGACAAAUUCCUGACACGGCAUGGCUUUUAUGAACCGCCGGGCCUUUCGCGGCUGGAUGCCUUCCCCUACAUGCCAUCUUCCUCUUCGACGGGGCCUCCAGCAGUGGCUGAGACAAAGGGAAUAGGCGCCGUGAGGGGAUCGUCAGAUGGUGCGCAGCAGGCACGUCGAGUUGCCGCAAAGGCUUCUGGCACACCGUAUCCCAAGGUCAGACGGGUCCCGGUCAGACGGGUCCCGGUCAGACGGAUCCCGGUCAGACGGUUGACUGGAACUGUCGUUGUUUCAGAUGAUGAGGAUGCUCUGCCCGCGAAUGGUGUGGAGACUGCAGAGCCAAGCCAAGUGCUCUGCGAGUGUGGGCACGCGAACAGACUCCAGGCAAAGUUUUGUGAGGAGUGUGGUCAAAGCAUCAAGACUCCUUGCGCAACAUCUGAGGCUCCUUGCGCGACAUCUGAGGAGAGAUCACGCAGCCCGCGCCGUUCGGAAAGCCCCUUGUUGUCCGACUGUGCAGACAUGCCCGAGCUGGUGAGCUUGACGUUCUGUGGUUUCGAGGCGAGUACUUCAUCCGAUUCCGCGGCGAUGAUCGACAGCUUUUGCGCUGCCAUCGCGAACGCGCAGUCUGCAGUAACUGGGGUCAAAGCUGAAGAAGGUGUUCACGCCAUUCGAGAUCUGGGCUGCCAAGAGGUCGCUGUGGAAGAUAUAUGUUUUUGCCAGCGGAGAAUUCAUCCGCGCAAAAUUUUUGGAGAUGGCAGAUCGAUGACUGACCUCGUUCAAGAGCUCGUGCAAGGGAGGACGAAGGUUGAUGAGUUGCCGGUCGUGCGGCUGCUGCAGCUUCGGCGCCAGCUGAUAACGCUGGAUCACCGAAGAGUCUGGUGUUUCAAGGAGUAUCAGCGUCACGUGUCGCACCAAGUGAUGGUUCCAGCACACGUCUUCGAGCUUUCAAAUGAGACCAUUGGUUUUUUCGAGGGCAUCCUCGUAUCAGAUAUUGGCACGGAGUUCUUGCAGAAGUUUCACGCUGUUCGAGGACAGAUCAGCUGA